AUGCUAAAGUAUUUCAAGGGUCUCAAAAUUCGGGUUACCCAUCCUCGCAAGUCCUCGACCUCGAUCAAGUGUAUCAUGGGUUUCGUCUCCGAUGGUGGUGGAUUCAAAUUCGACUUCGAGGGGAAGAUGAUUACUGUUGCUCAACACUAUCGAACUGCACAUAAUGUGACCUUGUCCCACCCAUUUGCGCCAGGUGUCAUCCUCCGAAAGGAACCGCAUAUGGUUGUAGUUCCUAUGGAGCUCUGCGAACUUGUCCCCAACCAAAUGUUCAAAAAGAAGGUACCCGAUGACAUGGCCGGUGACAUGGUCAAGUUUGCCGCAGUCAAUCCCAGCGACCGCUUCCAGAAGAUUAAACUCGCGCCGAUGGUCGAAUCGGGCAUGGUCAUUUCUCGAGACCCGCUUACAGUCGAAGGGAAAUUGCUGAAUCCUCCAAUGAUCAAAUAUGAUUGUCGAACACAAGAACCCAAAAACGGAGGCUGGAAUGUACUUAACCAGAAGCUCCUCAAGCCAAUGCCCAUGAGGUUGUGGGCUAUCCUCAAUUGCGAGCCCACGCGUAUAUCUAGCCAACAGGCGUGGGGGAUUGCAAAAACGCUUGCCGACUGUUGCAAAGCGCUUGGGAUGCGCAUAGAUAAGCCGCCGAUCGUUGUGAAGGACUACAGUGGGGGUUCGCUGUCUAGUGUACUUGACAGUGUCAUGCAGGAGUCCUCUCAGAUACUGCAGAGGCAUGGGAUCGACCUCAGAAAAACAUUGAAGGAAUUCAUGCUCAUUGUUCUACUUCCUUCCGAAGCGGCCCAUUUGCGAACGGAGGUGAAGUAUUGGGGUGAUGCUGUCAAUGGGGUUAAAACCCAGUGUCUUCGAUUCGGAAAGACAAUGAACAAUCAGUAUUGCAACAACGUCGCACUCAACGAAGAAAAGUUUAACGCCCCUUCAACAGGUGCUGACAUCGGCCACCCUGGUGCAGGCAUAAGGAACAAGCCCUCGGUGUCUGGUCUGGUGUUCUCAAUUAGCCAGUUUGCGACAGAGUAUGCAGCGAUCACCAGGAUCCAACCCCCUCGCGUCGAGGCUAUUGUCGACCUGGAAGAGAUGUUCAGAUACGCGAUGGACAAAUUCCGGAAAAGUGCAAAUGGCCUCCCUCAUAAUAUCAUUUUCUUCCGCGACGGCGUGUCUGAAGGUGAAUUUGCGACAAUAACCAACACGGAAAUCAGGGUUUUACAAGAGGUGAUUGACGCUUUCCACAACGAAAUAUCCCCUGAGAAACCGAAGCCCAAAUUGACGUUUGUGGCUGUUGGAAAACGGCAUCAUACACUUCUCUUCCCACCUCAUGGAUCAAACCUGGCUGAUCGCAAGGGGAAUUGCCACCCUGGGGUCGCGGUUGAUUCUGGCAUCACACAACCCUUUUUACCAAACUUCUAUCUUCAGUCCCACGCGGCCAUCCAAGGCACUUCGAGAUCCAGUCACUAUAUCGUGCUUCGCGACGAAGUCUUCGCGGAAUAUCGCGAAAGUGCUAUCCUCCAACUGGAAGAACUGGCCUAUGGCCUCUGCCAUAUCUACGCCAAGGCCACUCGCUCCGUCUCCAUUCCCGCCCCUGUGUACUAUGCCGAUCUUGUCUGCAGGCGAGGCAUGUUCCAUAUCGACCCCAGGAACCAAAAUGUUUCGUUUGACGACACCACCUCUAUCCAUACAUCGGGGACGGAGCCUCCAUUCGAUCUCGAGCCUUGGAAAAAUGCCUUCAAACCCCUCCAUGGAGCCCUCGAGCCCGCCAUGUACUUCCUGUGA